AUGCUCCUCCUCCACCACCCCUACCCUUGGAUAACUACAGACUGGAACAUCACACUGCAUGUGUGCAGUGAGAAGGAGCAGCUGUAUGUCAGAUCGUUGGAGACCACCUGGGAUAUGGCUCAUACCAUUGAAGGUGCUACCAAGGGGCAGAGCACCUCACUGGACUGGCAUAAACUAAGAAGGCCACGCCUUACCUCCUCCCGCUUCAGGGAAGUCUGCCACAUCCGAGGGCAGAGCUUAGCGGAGAACCUGGCCAACCAAAUUAUCAAAGGAUCCCCUCAGACGGCAGUGACGAAGAGGGCUCUGGCCAUGGAGCCUGCUGCUGUCAAUGAGUACUGCCACAUCAAGAACGGGAACUACACACCAUGUGGGUUUGUAAUCCACCCUGAUGCCCUUUGGCUGGGGUCUUCACCUGAUGGACUGAUCUACGACCCCAUUAAAAGCCCACAAUUUGGCCUACUGGAGAUCAAGUGUCCAAACUCCAAGAGUUAUGUUGACUGCCCCUACCUGAAGUUCCAGCGUGGCAAACUGGAGCUAAUGCCACAGCACGCCUACUACUGUCAGGAACAAGGCCAGAUGCUAAUAACAGGGCUGGAGUGGGAUGACUUUGUGUUGUUUGCUGAAGAGGACAUGCUGAUCCAGCACAUCUACAAAGACAGUGUGGUGGCAAAUACAAUCAAGGAAAAGGCAGACCAUUAAUCUUUUUAUUUGUACAUGCCUAGAUGUCUACAUGAAAUGCUUGACUUCAUACAUUGCUAUGCCUGAGAGAUGUAGACUGUGAAAAAAUAA